AUACAGUUGCUGGUUAAAAUAUUCGGCGACGAAGAAUUAGUGGCUGAGCUGGGAAAUCAACUCCGCGGUUUAGUGCAUUUAAAUGAUACAUUUCUAAAUUACCAUGGACAUUUUCUGUGCUUGGAACAUUUCCAGAUGGACGCCGAGAAAGCUCGUAUAUUCGUAGAACACGAGCCAAAUAAGGAAGAAUGUUUGAAAUAUUGUCUUAAUCCGGAAGUACUAGUUACCGUCAAAUUAACAACUGACAAGUGUGUGAAAGACAAAUCGAACAAUUAUUUAGAAAUACACUACUCGCCCUUGCCAAGCCCUUUUAAUUUAAAAGUGCUAGCGUCUGCGGUGUAUCCUGGUCAUAUUUUUGGCAUUACAUAUGGUAAUAUGGAACCGCCAAGUUUGCCCGAAUAUUUGCGCAAUUUUUGCAGAAUACCGGGCAGACCGCGGCUGCCAAAAAAGAG